UGCGAGGCCAAAGAACAAAUUACGCACGCGUUGUCAACUCCAGCCGAAGCUUUCCUGUCUCUGGCAAGAGCUUUAUAUAAUAGAAACAUGUUAAAUUAUUCAUGAAGAGCUUUGACUUUUGAUUGAAAGUGAUGGGGAAGCCGAUGAGUGCACUACGUUACGCACGGACGCGUCAAACCAAAUGCCCGCCAGUGGACGCGCCAUCACAUCUGGCAGCGGCGAUGUUGCACGGUGGCGCGCAGGCACAGGAAGGUGGGGGUGGCCGUGUCACUCCAACAGCCAGCUCUACGUGGACAGAGAUGUUUGAUCCAUCUGAGGUAUAGGCAGCGGCGCAGAGUCCCCGAGCUGCUGACAUCAUGGAUGAGGAGAACAUGAGCGUAUGUUGGAACACCUCACAGGUCGAGGUCGACUGUUUCGGCAGCCUGGAGGACAUCGACGUGACGGCCGACGGCAGCCCGAUUCUGAGGCUCCUCAUCUGCAGUGUUUAUUCGGUCGUGUGCGCUGCCGGUCUGGUGGGCAACGUGCUGGUCCUCUUCUUCAUCAGGGUCAAGCAGGAGAGGAAGACGUCCACGGUGAACUUCUUCGUGCUCAACUUGGCCGUGACGGACCUGCAGUUCGUGCUCACUCUGCCCUUCUGGGCCGUGGACACCGCGCUGGACUUCAGCUGGCCGUUUGGAGACGCCAUGUGCAAAAUCAUCCUCUCCGUCACCGUGAUGAACAUGUACGCCAGCGUGUUUUUUCUCACGGCCAUGAGCGUGACCCGCUACUGGUCGGUGUCCUCGGCUCUGAAGAACAGGACUGCGCAGAGGUCCUGCUCCGCCAGAUGGACGUGCGCCAUCAUUUGGACACUGGCGACUUUGGCGACUGCGCCCACGUCAAUUUUCUCAACUCUCACCAACGUGACUGGAGAAACUCUCUGCUUGCUGAGGUUCCCCGGUGGGCAGUACUGGUUGGCCGUUUAUCAUAUACAGAAAAUUCUCGUAGGUUUUGUCUUGCCAAUGACCAUCGUGUCCGUCAGCUACAUCCUGCUGCUGCGUUUCAUCAACAGCCGCAGCAUGAAAACCAGUAACACCAAACGGAGAUCCAAAGUUACCAAAUCCAUCACCAUCCUCGUGUUGUCCUUCUUCCUGUGCUGGAUGCCGAACCAUGCCAUCACCCUGUGGAGUGUACUGGUCAAACUGAACGUCGCACACUGGGACAGGGCGUACUACAUAGUCCACACCUACGUGUUCCCCCUGACCGUCUGUCUGGCUCACACCAACAGCUGCCUGAACCCCAUAAUUUACUGCCUCAUGAGGAAGGAGUUCAGGAAUAAACUGAGGGGUCUGAUACACAGGGGAUGACGUUGUCUGGAGCUCCGUGUGGGGAUUUGACCAAUUGACCAAGAGUGGCCAAAGACGCGCCGGGUGCGCACGGUGAGCGAGGCACGCAGCGAGAGAGGAGGUCAGCUUUACAGAAAGUGCAAUGAGAACAAGCAACAUUAUGUAUUUGAGGAGACUUCAUUCUGCUUAAGGGAAUCAUGCCAUUUUAGUGUGCGCUUCUUGU